AUGCCCUUCGGAAUCAUUGACUGCAAGCGGUUGGAGGUGGUCCCCGGGACAGCAUGGAUGAACGACCAAGCAGACUUACCCCAGGAAUUACACGCAAUACCUGCCGAGCGGUUGAAGCAUGGCAGUGGGAAACACUCUCACAUCAUACUCGUGCCUCAACCGUCAGACUCGCCAAAUGAUCCCCUCAAUUGGCCAUUGUGGAAGAAAGACAUGAUCUUACUCAUCGUCAGCCUCUCUGCCGCAGUUGUAGGAGCUUACGGUCCAAUGCUCGGGCCAGGCUUCGUACCAGUUUCGAAAGAACUCGGCAUUUCAAUCAACACUCUGUCCCAAUCGACGGCAUGGCUGAUCCUGACCAUCGGCCUUUGCGUGUUCUUUGCAAAUCCAGUUGCAAAGAUAUACGGGAAAAGACCGGUCUAUAUCGUCUCGAUCUGCCUUCUAUUUGCAGUAAGCAUCUGGGGAGCAGUGGCGAAAAGUUACAGCUCGUUUCUUGCAAGCCGAAUCGUUGGUGGCUUUGACUUUGUCCAUCAACGAGCGACUAGAAUCGCAGUGUGGAAUCUCUUCCUUCUAUGCGGUAUCGCCGGCGCCUCAUUCAUCAGCGGCUACAUAAUCGAAAACCUGGGCUACCAAUGGACUUUCGGGAUAUGUGCCGUCUUGUUCGGUAUUUCCAUGUUUCUCACAAUAUUCUUGGUCCCGGAAACAUCCUACGUCCGGCCCACUCCAGACCUCAGUACCUUACCGGAAAAGAGUCAUGGCGACGACGAAGAACUGGGUAAAGAUUCCGAAGCCCUCCACAUUGAGCAGCUGCCGCCGUCGAAUGCCGACGACCCAAAGACGACGUAUUUGCAAUCUAUCCGGCCCCUGAGUGGAAGAUACUCCGAAGCCCCUUUGCUGAAGAUCAUGGCAAGGCCUUUCGUAAUGUUCUUCUGCUACCCAGCGGUCCUUUGGGCAUUUCUCAUCUACGGCACAACACUGACGUGGAUUGUCGUCUUCUCGGUUGUGAACGGCGUGAUAUUUGUUGAAGCGCCUUACAAUUUUUCUGUCGCGCAGGCCGGUCUCACGAGUCUUUCGCCCUUCAUUCUGACGAUCAUUGCCGAAGCAGUAUCUGGCCCUCUGAACGACUGGAUCUGCCUGAAGCUCACAAGACGUAACUAUGGAGUCUAUGAGCCAGAGUUUCGGCUCGUACUCAUGAUCGUCGUGGCAAUACUGGGAGGUGUUGGUUUCUUCGGCUUCGGCCUGACGGUCCAUUACCAGACGCACUGGUCCGGCCCGGUCCUGACUUAUGGCCUGGCGAAUAUGGCUCUCGGAUUUGCGGGAGUCUGCGUCUUUGGAUAUGUGUUGGACUCCUAUCCCAAGCUGGCCGAAGAAGCCUUCGUUGCCAUCAACGCACGGAACUUUCUCACAUUCGGACUGACAUACUUUGUGAACGACUGGCUGGCCGAAGAUGGAGCGUUGGAGGUGUUUUGUGUCUUGGGAGGCUGCUUCCUCGGCGUCACGCUGCUGACUAUCCCUCUUUGGAUUUUUGGAAAGAAGAUUCGAAGCAAGAUUGCUCGAAACAGAUUUUUGAGGCAGUUUAUGACAGACCUGUAA